AUGACAGAAACAGCCAUCCACAGGGCUCAGUGGAUAAGAGCUAACGGGACAAAAUCUAUCGAGGAAAUAACUUGUGAAUUCCCUCGACUCCUUGAUACGCCAGGCAUGAUUUCACAAGACUUCUCUGUAUUAUUCCCCGACCACGCAGAGAGACUUUUCCAAACUUGGAAAAUGAGUUUCAAAGACAAAAUCCUUUGCUUUGCCAGCCAGGAGAAAAAGGCGCAGGAGCUUCUCCAGAAUUUAGACAGUUUGUCUCCAGAAGUCCAAAGUGACGUUGCACUCAGGCUGCUUCCUGUAAUACUGCCCACCCCUGUCUACAAAAAAGGGAUGAAAAUGUUCAAACCAAGCUUGGAAGAAAAUAUCAAGUCUUUCAUUGAAUUCAAGCAUGUUGGGACCAACAUGGUUGAAUAUUUGAAGGAGGCAGAGCUCACUAAACCCUUCCCCUUUGUCCUUGGUCUUGGGGAUGACAGUCAAUGCCAUCAAGCCUUUGUAGUUGUUGGCAAACAGGCACUGCAUCAAAACACACUCCUUGGUGCUGUGGACACGUGCUUUAAACUUUUUUAUGUUUUAGACAUCCAUUUCCCGAAGCAGUGUGCACCAGUGUGGGAGUUUUUGCAGACUGUUGUCUACAAACUCCCAGGAACUGAAUCUCCUUCUGUAAGACUGCUCCGUGGAUAUUUGUCAUGUUGAGCAGUACUGGAACCAUGACAACUAACCCUUUCUAAAAUGUUAUGCAAGUUUAUAUUAAGAGGAAAUUUGUCAGACUAAUACAUAUAUCUAAAGCAUUUUACUUGUAUCACUUUGUUCGUGUGCCUCUUUGUUAAACAUACUCUCUAAAAAGUUAUGAGUUUAUAUUAAGGGGAAAGUCAUCUAACUAAUAUAUAUGAAGCAUUGUACUUGUGUCUUAUACUUGUGUAUAUAAUGUAAAUGUUUAAAUCUAAGCUAAUUUAAUUUAUUGAUAUUUAUUUUUUUAUAUUUAUAAAAUGGAAGUUGUAUUUAUAUUUUAUAUGCUGUUUUAUUGUUCAUUGAGCAUGAAAAAAUAUCAUGCUUUUUUGCUAUAUGAAUUAUAUAUGCUUUUAUGUCUUGCAUUUGGAUGUUCUUUAUUAAUAAAUCUUCACCUUUUGAG